GACCACUGCUGCAAUCAUGCACAUAUGUUGCUCGUUCUUCUCAAUUUUGAUCAGUCUUUCUAUUUGAUUCUCAUUUUUGACUUUUUUAUUAGUUUCCAUCCAAUACCAAAAUGUUUUCCAUUUCCAUUUUAUCACCUACCUCCCUCUCCUUUUUUUUCAAACCUCUCAUGCUCAUUCAUUAUAACUUCUUUUAAUUUCAAUCUCCUGUAAUAUACAUAUACAUAGAUAUAUAUAGGAAGUUUAUUAGUAAAUGAAAACGCCGUCCCUUCCAGCUUCUUGGGUGUUCUCUCUCUCUCUCUCUAACUCUACCCUUGUAACUGCUGUAAUGGCAGCCAGAAAUUCAAUGUUGGUGAUAAUGAAGAAGGUGCUUCUGUUUCUGCUUCUUGAUUUUAUGGUGAUUGUUCAACAUGGCGAAUGUUCUUAUUCUGGUUUAAGUGAUUAUCAUCAACAAAUCAAUCGCUUAGCUUCCAUUAAAUCUUCUUAUGUCCGAGUUACCCCUCCUUCCCGAAGUUACUCUACUUCUCCUGGUUUAAGCAAUUCCCGUAUUCAUCACGCCACCGACUAUGGAGGCGAUCCCACCGGAGUAUCUGACAGCGCCGAUGCACUUGAACAAGCUUUGUUUGACGCCUUCAGAUCUCCUAUUCAGUCUUCUCAAUUAAUCAAGGGUGUUCCUGACCUCGGCGGCUCUCAGCUUCAUCUCGACGGCGGAACCUACAAGAUCAGCCGUCCCUUGCGGAUUCCGGAGGGUGGUGCUAAUUUCAUGAUUCACAGUGGGACGCUUCGAGCUUCCGAUGAUUUUCCGAUUAAUGGGCAUCUGAUUGAGCUGAAAUCACCUUCAAAUUCGUUUUCAUCUGAAUUCAUCACUCUCAAAGAUCUCAUGUUGGACUCCAAUUUUAGAGGCGGUGGAGUUGCUGUUAUAAAUUCUCUAAGAACCACCAUUGAUAAUUGUUACAUUUCACAUUUCACCACCACUGGCAUUUCAAUCGAAGACGGUCAUGAAACCAUCGUCACCAACUCCUUCAUCGGUCAGUACAUCAACGUUGGUGGUGACACCCGCGAGAAGUAUUUUUCUGGCAUUGGAAUCAACAUCAACGGCAACGACAAUAUCAUCACAGAUGUUGUUAUUUUUUCUGCAUCCAUAGGUGUUUUGGUACAAGGCCAGGCCAAUACCCUCACUGGGGUACAUUGUUAUAACAAAGCAACUGGAUUUGGAGGAACCGGAAUUUAUGUCCGGGAACCAGGUUUUACCCAAACCCGGAUCAUAAACUGUUACCUCGAUUAUACCGGUAUUGUGGCAGAGGACCCAGUACAGCUACAAAUCACGGACUCUUUCUUCCUGGGGAAUGCCUUCAUUUUGUUGAAAUCAAUCAAGGGUAACAUUUGUUGUGUGAACAUUGUUAACAACAUGUUUACGGGUGAUUAUACGGGGGUCCGAAUGAUCCAAUUGGACGAAUCAAACGAACCGUUUAGCAAUAUUGAUCAAGUGGUGGUUGAUGGGAACAAUGUGAGGGGGAUGGUGCUUAAAUCAACGGUUGCUAAAGGGACAGUAUGGGGAAAUGGCACAAGGUGGACCGUUGAUUUCUCUCGGGUGCUAAUAUUUCCAAACCGUAUAAAUAAUGUACAAUACACAUUACAUGUAGGUGAUGGAGGAGUGUUUCCCAAGCAUAUACUGAGGAAUGUUUCGGAAAAUCGAGUCACUGUGGAAAGCGACGUUCCAGUAUCAGCAACGGUACAUGUAUCAGUGGAUCAAAACAUGAUCCGUUAUGUAUGACUGAUUAAUUAAUUAAUUAAUUAAUUCAUGAAUUUUAUGUAUUUUUUUUUGUUUCUAUA